AUGUUUUCUUUCCGGAUUCCAUCAAUUUUCCUCAUUUAUCGCAGAAAUAUCGGUUGUAUAGUACGGCAAGGUAGUGUGAAUGCUGACAAAAAACUUGAAACUCCAGCAGAUAUCGCUAAAUUUAUAGAGAAAUGUUCAAGGUUACACUCUGAAAAUAAGAGUUUGGAUUACGAAAGAUGUAAAAAAUCGGUUGAUUCCUUUCUUAGGGGGAUAAAUCAGUUCACGGUUGCGGAAGUGAGAACAAUAGCCUAUAACAUAACUGGGAUGUUUCCUGACCAGAAGAACCCUGAUUGGUCCAGUACAAUUUCGAAUUUUACAUUAAAAAGAUCGUAUAUGAUGCCAGUUUACUUUUUAUAUCCAUUAAUUAACAGCGUAUGCAAGAUGGGAAUGAAGGAAACGAGUUUUUAUAAUAAAGUUUUACCAAUUGCUCUUGAAAGAAUAGAUGAAGCUAAUAGUAUAGACUUGGCAACAAUCUCUCAAACUAUGGUUUUGCUCAAGAACCGAAAGAUUCCUGUGGAUUCUAACCUGGUUAAGAGCAUCAUGAACAAUGUAUCUAAAAUGUGCUUAACUGAUAGAAUUAUAACAGAAAUUUCUGCCACAAAUUCUGUUUUAAUUCUAUAUUCAUUUGCCAAAUUGAACAUUUUCGAUGAGGUGCUGUUUCCAAAGUUAUUGGGACUUGUUAAGCAUAUAAAUAAGGAGAAUUUCGAGCCUCACCUGAUACCACUGGUGUUGUACGUUUUAUCGAUAUUUAACGUGAGGGACCACUCUGCUUUCUCAUUAAUUUUUGACUACAUUUCUGAGUUCUCACACCUGAUGAAGUAUGAAAACCUAGCCAAUUGCCUGAACUCAAUGGCGAGACUAAACAUUAGAAGCCACUCAGUUAUAAGAGAACUUGUUGAGAAUUUAAGGAAACAUUUACCCUCAAUAAGGGUACGCGAGCUUGCAAAUGUUAUGUGGAGUCUAUCAAAGCUAAAAUAUAACGAUUCUGACUUCAUGAAUGAGUGCUUCAACAGGGUCCAGGAGUACGAUUACAUUGAUCCCAUGUCCCACGCUCAAAUAUUUGAAGCCAUAAAGAGAACUAAUUUUAACAAAGAAGAUACUGUGGAUCAUCUUUUGAGGAAAUAUAUCCCUAUCAUGAAGGAAUCACCAACUCAAGUCAUCACUCAAGUUGCCUGGUGCUGUUUUGUCCAAAAUAUAGAUAAAUAUAAUCUGAUCAAGGACUCCUUGGAAGAACUGUCAAAACGUGAACUGAACAAGGUUGAGCUUAAGUAUGUAAAUUUAUUGUCAAAAUCACUAACGGACUGUGGUGGAGAACAAAGUAGUGUACAGUAA